AUGUACACUGGAAAUCCAAAUGCAAAUCGAGCAGCAGCUUUAAGGGUGCUCUCCAUGGCCACUGAUGUUAUCAAGUCACUUGUUCCACUGGCCUGCAGGCAAGAUAACAUCUUGAUUCGUAUGGUGGCAGAACUACUUGGUCUCUUUUGUACUAUAGAAAGUUUACAAAGCCGAGUCCUAGAGGAUGGCUGCCUUAAAGCUGUGCUGGCUUACUCAGUAUCAACAGAUACUGAACUGCAAUUCUGGGCAUCAGCUCUACUUCUGAACAUGGCCAUGACUUCUGAUGAUGUCAAGAAAGAAAUCAUUAUGCUGGGAGGAUUAAAGCCUCUAAUGGAGUUAGCAAUUGGGGACAGUGAUCACCCACAGUGUUCAACACAUGCAGCCAAGACUCUCGUCAUGUUAGGAUUUCUUGACACAGAAAUCCCAGUGCGUAUUAAGUCACUUGGGUACAGAAAUGGUGAGCGUGUAAGUAUUUUAAUCAACGGCAAGGAACACUGUCCUAAUAAACCUGGUAUUAAUAUUGUGGUGAUGGACUUCAUGACAUUCCAAGUCACUGAGGCUGCUGCAUUCGAUACCGGACAUGACAAGGAAGCCAGCGACCAACUUGUAGAUUUUGUUGAUAUGAUACCAGUUGGUACCUUGGUUUUCAUAGCUGUGCGAGGAGAGGCAGAAUAUUAUAUGUCUGACAAGGCAAAACUGAGUCUGAAAGACAUUGGUAUCGAAGAUUGGGAUUUCAAGACUGGCGAACUUUGGACAUUUUGCGGUUACAAGCGAAGAGAUGGAGCAGUAGGGAUUUCUCUUCAACGAGGCUUUGAUGUUGUUGAGCUGUCCACGACGCUCAGUUUAGGGUACUAUUCAAAUGAGCAGGUCCAAGGUUACAUUUUGUUACCACUGAUUGAUCUUUUGAUGAGCACGCCUGCUUCGCUCGCCAUCAGCAAAGUGUCAGAAUUGGAGCUGCUGACAGUUCUAGCAAGACAUGACCAUCAUAAAGAAGUGAUGGUGAACUCAGAGGGGUUUUUGGAGUACAUCGUGCAGUUGAUUUACAGCAUGACAAACAAGACAGCUGAUCAUCUGAGAGCCAAUCCAUUGCUAAUAGCUCAUUGUAUCGGAGCAAUGAAGAUUAUUACUGCAAUCAGUAUUUCCCAGGAGAUCCAUGAAAAAUUCUCCGAACAUAAAGUCCUGGAUUGUGUUCUUAGCCUUUUAUCCUUAAUCAACUCUAUUCAGCUCCAGAGGCUGAAACAGCAACUUAAAACAAGAACUGAAAGAAUGGGACAAACAGGUAUCCUGGUAACUGAAGCAGAAGACUUCGGUGACAACGAGAGUGAACAGCCAGUCGAGGGAAACGCAGUUAGUCGUGUGGUUUCCUCUCCAGGAGGAAAUGUAUCUACUGUACCAGAAGAAGUGAAACUAACUGCAAGUGGUUUAAGAACUCCAGUUCACGGCUCCACCACAGAUGAACCUACCUCUGUAAAAGGCGGCUCCCCGUUUCAUAACACAUUGGUGAAAAAAUCCAACACGAAACCUCUCCUGACAGAGAGCGUGACAGGAGAAGCGAUAAUUCAAGACGACUUAGAUGAAGCGUUCUCCACUCUUACUGGCCUAAGUGUAAUCACGCUCUACAACUGUAUGGACUUGAUUUCAAAUCUAGAGGAGUUUCGUGAGCACCUUUCCAAGGCUGGAACUAUGCGGAUCCUAUGGUGUCGACUUGUGACCACCUCGUGUAGUUCAUCGACAAUUCAACAGAUUGAACUCGCCACUGAGAUGUUACUGAAUUUAUGCUGCUGCAUGACGAUGUUGGAAAAGUAUACUACAGAGCUUGGGGUGGAGCUUGACGAGCAGACGAAGACGCCGGCUCUUGUGCUGAGUGCUGAUCGUCUGGAGGCUUCAAAUCCAAACUGGACAUUUGAAAGCGUGCAUGCCACCAUGUGUGUAGGACGGGGGAUGUGUGCAGUGCCUCCUUUUCCUGCUGGCUGGUACUAUGAAGUCACCCUGAAGUGUACAGGAAUACUGCAAAUAGGCUGGCAAACCGAAGAAUGCCGAUACGGUCCCGAGCGAGGCGUAGGGGUUGGUGACGACAAGAACUCAUGCGCAUUCGAUGGUGCGCGGUGUAAAGUAUGGAGUGGACCCCCUUGUGAACAACUGAGCAAUGACUAUGGAAAGGAAUGGAGUUAUGGAGAUGUUUUGAGUUGUUUGUUCUCUUGGAAUGGAGAAGUCUCCUUCUGGUUGAACGGAGUAGAUAUGGGUGUGGCGUUUAGGGGGCUAAACCCUGGAGUUAAUUGGUAUCCUGCGGCGUCCAUCGCCAUGGACCAGCAUUGCUGCUUCAACUUUGGUAACAAGCCCUUCAGAUACGAAAUGCCUGAUGGGUACAUAGCCGUAAGUCACGUGGUCUCUAACCUGGUAAAGAAAGCUUCACUGCGCCUAUCGUCUUGUUGGACGCCGAUCAGCGGUAGCUUUGAAAGCAUUGUGGAGGAAGAUGAGGAAGUGAUUGAUGAUCAGGAACUUGAGGCUUCGGAUGUAGCUAAGCCUGAUGAUACAGCUCAAAGACAAUUGAUCCAGUCUUGUAACAAGGAGCCCUCUAGAGCUGUUAUGAAAGAGGAACAACCGUCCGUUCUUUCUCUGGAACACAGCGUGGCUGAAUCAAAUGUGUUGUUUGACUACCAGGACACAUCCUCUUUGAGCAAAUCUUCUCUCGCCUUAUCUCCCGAACCUACAAAUAAUUCUUUAACAUUUGUUACACCUUCCUCUGGUGUCUUCACCACACCCCAGAGCUCGCCACCCAAAGUAUCCGGUCUUGACGUAAUUUUUCCUGGAACCGAACCAGAGCCCUCGCCGUAUGGAGUGAUGUCGACUGGUGACGAGACAGCAAACGAAGAAAGACCUCCAUUUGAAGAAAAACACGUGACCAGCACUCCAUAUUUGGGCCUAGGCCCUUUGAGGGACUCUAUUGGAAAGCACUUUGAAGCGAGGUCGCGCCUUAACGCUUGGCCACAAGAAGCAACCCUGGGAGAGUCCUUCAUAGAGCCCGUUCUGCCUUGUCUGUACUUUGAAGCAGAACUGAAAUUCGCUCCAUGCCGAGUCAAACAAAUGGGUUUCAUCAAUGUGGAAACAAGGGAAAAAUUUUAUUGUGACGUACAUGACGGCCAUCUUCAGUUUCCGAAGUCGUCCAGUCCCACUCCGCACGCGUACACGUACGAGCAACAAAGUUUCAGGGUCCCGGAUGUUGUGGGCUGUGCAGUAAUAUUAUCGACGGGACAGAUCAUGUUUACCUUAGAUGGAGUAGCAACCGGACAAUUUUAUGACUUCCCAUCAAGUAAACCAUCAUCAAUGGUCAUUGAAAAUCUUUUCCCCUAUAUAUCUUGUACGCGAAUUCGAUGUAAUUAUGGACAGCGGUCGUUCCUGUUUGAGGAUGCGAAUAACAAAGAGUCUCUGGUUAUGAGUGGGGCUCUGCUGCAUGGAUUGGUUGAAGAAUACUUAAGGCUGUAGCCUGAGACAGAACAAGUGUAUUAAGAACAACACAGCAGUCAAACGUCUGCGCACGUGCGAACGAUGUGAUGACUAGAUGGCGUGCUUUUAAGCUGUCAGAACCAGGUUGUGUCACACGAGUUACCAACAACCACACAAGCCAGUUAGUCACGGUGUUUUAAAAUCGUGCAACUUUUUCGGUAAAGCUCUUUAAAACAUGACGCUGUAUAAAAUAUAACUUUCUUGGUAAUUGCUUUUUAAUAUGACGCUAUAGACGUUUCCGAACCCCGCAGUAUGCAGAACGCGCGUCAUAUAUGAACGUCGUAAGUGGUCUAGCUCACCCAAGAGUCUCUGUGGCUUAGUGGUAGAGCAUUGGAGCGCGGAAUCCUCAUGGGAACUCAGAAUUUUUUCUUCGUCCCAUGCUCGUGACAAGACGAAAGAACAUCUUUCUAUAUUUCUUUAUCGAGCUCAAAACUUUCCAUCUUUCUUGUUCUUUACAGAAUGCUUUGUGUUCGAAAAGUCUCGAGUGUUUUCCGUUUUUCCCACUUUUGUUUUUUUACAGAUUUCUAUGAAUGUUUCAAUUAUCUUUCGCUUAGUGUGCAAGUUAGCCGGCAGUUGUUUCGUAUGUUUUCCUCUGAAACUUUGCGCGGGAAAAUUGGCGCGCGGUCGGUCAGAACGGAUCCCCCCGCGCAUGUUCGGCGUUUGACCGCUGUGUUACUUAAAACUAGGAAGAGUUUCAUGUUAAGGUUCUGCAGCAAUAUGUGGAGUGUGCGUUCUCGAUACGAUUCCUUUUUGAAACGAUCUGAAGCAAGUAAAUAAUUUUGGCUGGACUUCUUUAGUGUUUAAAAAUUUCAUUCUCUUGUCGGUUAAUUGGUUUGUAAAGAAUGUAGCGUUUUGAUAAGUCUGCCAUGCGAUAAAAUAACACUCUUGUUUCCAGAGCCCCCUUCUUAUUUAGUCAUGUGAUAAGAGAAACGAAAAAGUAGUGACUGAUGGGACGAGAAGGAUAGAAGAUAUAUUUAGAUGUGAGAUUGAAAUUUAUAAAAGAUACUGCAGUUUUUU